AUGUUUUUGGUAGUUAUUAUAGCCCUUUUGUGGCUUUUGCACAGGGCUACACGGCUGCUGAAGAUUCCAGCGCCGGCCCUGAUUCAUGUGCUGGGGAUCGAUAUUCCCGAUACCCCUAAGAUUGUUAUUGACAGCAUCUCCACGAACAGUGUGCUGUUACAUUGGCCUCCGCCUGAUCGCGGUGCUGUUUUGAAAUAUAUUAUCGAAGUCAAUGGUAGGAAGAUCUGUGAGGUCGAUAGAACCGAUUAUUGCAUUACUUUAAAGAAUCUGCUUUGCGAUACGUGCUAUGCUAUCAAGAUUGUUGCUGUGAAUCCAAGCAACUAUCGAUCGAGAGCUGCAAAGGUACUGGUUCAUACUUUGAAAGACGAUGACGACACUUUACCGGUCUAUCCAGGCCUUCUGGCUUCUAAUAGCAGUAGCACGAAUCUAGGGUCAUUAGCACUGGCAGAGUCGAAUGGCAGUUUGAACGGUAAUUUAAGUCCAAAUGGCGAGUUAGGGGCUGUUACUGCUGGGGCUGGGGCUGUUGUCAAUGGUGGCAUGGCUGGUGGGGUUGGUAGCUCUAUUGCUGAGGAUAUGACAUCGGCUGUUUCUACUUCAGCAGCUGGUGUGUCAAAUGUGUCAAGUUCGGCAAUUUCGACUGGUCAUGGCUCGGGAGCUAGUUCCACUGGAACUACUACGUCGGCCAAUAGACUGCGUGCUUCGAGUCGGAAUACUCUGACGAACCGAGCUAGCAAUAGCUCGUUCAGAAACCAGUCUGAGAAAUCAGCUUACUCGAUCGAGUCACUGACUCAUGAAGUUGAAUCGGUUCAAAUCGAGAUUAAUGAGCUGCUGGCACAGGCUGCUCACGGCGAAGAAGAGUUUCAGGCUGCUGAGAAGGAGCUGCUCGAUGAGCUUGAACAGUUGAAAUCGAGGAAAAAGUCUUUAGAUCAACAACGGUCUCAUAUCAAAUCGGAAAUGAAAUCUAUUGAAGACUCGAAACGAAGUUUAGAAGCUCAGAAAGCGAAGGUCGAUUCAAGGUAUAAGAAGAUCCUUGAUGAAUUCACUAAACGCAAUGCAACAAGAGAAAAGUGGGCUGCUGAUAUUCAACAAGCCCAGUCGAAGCUUGUAACUGUCGAAUCGUCACUAGAAAUGAUUGAUGAAAAGGGUCAUGAGACUGUAGAGGAGCUGGAAGCUGCUAUUCAGGAGAAACAAGAACAACUGACGGCCCUGGAAGAGGAGUUGAAAACUGUUGCUAGUUCGGCUCGUAAAUGGGAAUUCCGCAAGACGGCAACUGUAGAACAGAUUCAAAAUAUUCAAAAGAAGACUGAUUCUGUCACUGGUCUUGUUAAAGAAGAUGCGAUUGAUGAGCUUAUGGCGAAUCCUGAUAUCGACGACGAUGUCAAGAACCGUCUCAAGGCUGAAAUUGACAAGGAUAAAGAGCUCGAAGAUGAUUGGCAGAAGAUUCAAAAGAAUCUAGAAGUCCGUUAUUUAACAGCCAGUGAACAGUAUCGUGAAGCUCAUGCUUCUCAUAACUCUGCUGCCAGUGCUAUUCAACAACAACGACAGCUACAAAUGCAACAACAGCAACAACAGCCUGGUUUGAAUCCUAUAAACGGAACCAAAGCUGUUGUCGACAGUGUCAAUGCUGCUAUUGCACAAAAAGGCAAAAAGAAAAACAGAAGAAAGUCCAACAAGAACCUUCAAGUGCCAUUCUCAGUCAAUUCCACUGGCGUCACUGCGUCUGGUACCCCUUACGAUUUGGUGGGAUCAAAUACUUCGCCAUCUCCAUCACUCCAUUCAUCAACUACAAAUGAAUUCUACGCACCAUCGCUUCAAUCUACUGGUAUUCCCGGAACUGGUGUGAUAACCCAGACUGCUUCUGGUUUAGAUGCAACACCAUUACUUGCUAAUUCAUACCUCAACUCGACAGGAACCAACGCUUCUUCUUCCAUUACUGCAUUUCCUUCAAUUCCUCAUUCUAGACUGUCGAGUGAUCUUACCAACGAGCCUGUUGAUGACAUUGAGAAUCCCAUGAGCCCAUCGGUCGACAUGCUUCUGCCGUCUAAUUUGUUUGGCACUGACGAUUUAACUGAUUCGUUUGCUGCGAUAAUUAAUGACCUGCCACGAACUAACCAACGUCCAUCUGCAUUAAUGCUUGCUGAAGCCUUUGGUACUGGCAACAGACCACCUUCUUUCGACUCGUCGACCUCACCUAAACCAUCACUAUUAUCUUUACAGGAAGGGGCUCCUUCGUCACCUGCAGUGGCGCCAGCAUCUCCACAGGACAGUUAUGGUGCAUUUUCUGCAUUUACUGCCCCCAGUCUCGGCAUGGCUGGUGGAUAUAACGGCAGCGUUCAUUCGCUAGUCGACGACGAUACUCAAAAGAAGCAACCUCAAAACACCGCCAAGAAGUUCAGUAGCAUGUUUUUCUUCUCCAAACCAAAGAGGGAUGGUGAGCCCGAUGAGCUUGAUCUCGAAGGUAUGGCUAACACGAGUCUCGGUGCCAAUAAUUCGAUACUUUCUGGUACAAGCAGAGAUGUGGCUCCUUUCUUGGAUGUCGGUCCUAUUGGUACGAGACCUCGAGCUGGAAGUUACAACUCGGCUCAUAGUCUUGGAAUCUCCAGCAUUACAGGCAGUACUCAAGGCAGCAGCUUUUUCAACCCCUGGAACGACGUUCCUGGAAAUGCUCUAUCUCCUACUACCAGCGGGUCAGGAAUUAUUCCUCAAGUUUCCCAGUCAUCCAUGCCUGUCACCGUUGCCAGCAACCCACAGUUAUCGCCCGAUACAAUCUCUACUACCCCAUCAACCAUUGCUACCCCAUUAUUCUCUGAAACACCUUUCACUCCAACCACGACAAAGUCGAAAGGUUUUGCUGGCAGCAGCAUGUGGUCUGUAUUCAACCGUGAUCGCGAACGGGCUCGUACUAGCAGCGGUCUUAAGAACGACAUUUCCAUGCUAGACUCUACUACUGCUGAGUCACCAACAAUGUCAGCAUCACCGUCGUCAUCAUGGCCCGAUAUGCCAAUGCUAUUAGUUAGCAACAGCCACGAAUCUGGUCUUGCCAGUGUCGCUAGUCACGUCAGCAAUGGAGCUGCCAGUCGUAACAGUGCUGCCUCAACUCACACCAACAACACCGGCGGUCCUCUCAGUUCCAGUGGUGGUAACAAGUUUUCCAAAAGUUUUGCAGAACUGUUUACAUCCUCUAACAAAGAACAAUCAUCGCCACAACAACCUCCUCGGUCUCGUAGCGAAUCCAAAUCCAUCGCUCAAUUGUUCGGCGCAAAAUCAGAUUCUAAAUCCGAGCCCAAAACCGACGAACUCGAUCAGCAAUUGUCUGCAAGUGUCGAAUCGAAAGAAUCGCUUAGCAAAGAGUCUAUUCUCCAAAAGAGCAUGCGGACUUUCUCGACAUCGCGCAAAGGUUCUGCUUCUUCAUCCAAAUUUGUCCGUCGUCUCAGCAUCUUUGGCAAAAAGGGUGAACCUCGAGACCUGAGCGACAGCGAAGACAUCCCCGAACAGACCAUUCUUGAAGACUCCGAGGGCGUCACUGAGGACUAG